AUGGACACUUUGGCGUAUGUCUGCAGGGAACGAGACGCUAAUGCGGUUCGCCUUGAGGUUCCACUUAUAUCCGUCAAGGCAACGGCAUUCAGCGGCGGCAGCAAUACUAAUAAUAAUAAUAAUAAUAAUAACAACAACAAUGAAAAUAAUAAUGGCGAGGAGGUGCCUGCAUUACUCGCCUCGCACCGUAAAUUGCUGUGUAUGAACAUGAAACAACCAAACCGACUGCGUGUACUUAAUCGAAAGGGAAAGUACGCUGAGACGGAUGUACACACACCUGUGUUGCGUCAUUUGGUCUCAUCUGAGGGACAUCUUGAUCAUUGUGCCUUCUUCGCUGUUGGCGGGAGUGAAGUGGUGCGGCUUCGGCCCGUAAACCAAGCAAAUGGAGAGAUCAGCAUUCAACUGCGUGAGUUGAAUUUGCAAGAGGAACUCUAUGGUGUUGCUGUUGGCAAUGGUGAUAUGGCAUAUGCACUUGGUAGGAACCACGUGUUCGAAGUGAAUAUGGAAACUGCAACGAAAGGGGCGGUUAUAGAUCUCACUUCCAGAACCGUUGUAAAAUACCCUGUUAUUGCAUAUCAUCAUGAGACACAAUUAUUACUAACACCGGCGAAGAGUAAUUGUCUCGAUCUCAUUUCCGUUACAACACGUAAGAGUGUACUUCCAAAGGUGUGGGAACCACAUGCAAAUGCUGUUCCAACGGCAGCCUUUUUCUUGCAGCAACGUACUUUUUCCAAUGAACCAGACGGUAAUGUGUAUAUUGUCACCGCUGCGCGUGGUAACUCUGAACUUCGUCUUUGGUGUUAUAAUAAGGAAACACGUACUUUUUCGCUUAAACAAGAUAUCUGUAUCUCAUAUGAUAAUAAUGAUACAGGGGCGGCAAAUACUAACCGUGUCCAUCCGGCACAAUCAGAGGGAGAAAACUCCUUCCUUAUCAGCUGCACACCUUCUGAGGAGUACAUCACACUCUGUUCACGAGAACACGCUAUUGCUGUUGUAGUUCAACUACAUCGCAGUAGCUUUAAGGUAGAUCGUAUUACUUCAUGGAAAUUGCAGGGUCCAACUCUCAGCAGUGUGGCGACGGUAGGCAAAGUGGCGGAAUCCAAUGUCAGUGCCUCCGUGGAGUAUCAAGUUAUGUUAACAAUUCGCACUGCCACUGGAUUUUACGAGGAGAUUCUUGAUGUUGAGAAACUUGCUGGUGCCUCCAACACUGCCGCUAUGAAACAGGCAUCCAUUGCGACGUGGUUUCCAUCUGUUGAGACAAGUGGUGCUGGUGCUGUUGGCGACACGGCGGUGGGAGUUCCCACGGCGUUGACUUCCGUCUCUUCUUCUGUUUUAGGUGAUAAGAUGACAAAUGCGGUUCCACAAUCAGUGGCCUCGAGAAUAGUGCGACAACAGGCAUUACAGUUCUGUGAUACAUUACGUAGCAUUGAUGAAGGUGUGGUGGGUCUGCAGAAACGGGCCUCGGAGGCAAUGCAACUCUUUCAAGAUGCCCGCGCCAGAGAGGAAGCACAGACCAUUGGUCGUAAAUUCGCCGUACGUAAUAAAGGCCGUCUGGAGCUUGAACUCGAACAACAACAACAACAAGAAAGACGACAAACACCACAAACACCUGGAACUGUCAGUGCCGCACAAAAGGAACUGUUGGAGCAAAUACAUUCCAUUGUGGAGGAAGUGGAAACACUCACCGCAGGGUCAGCUUCAGAUGUAGUGAAGGCGUUACUUUCUCGACGUUUGAAGGAUUCAGUGGCGAAAGGAGCAAAAGAAGCCGAGCAGAUUGAAUUAAGUACACUGGUGCCUAGCAUUCGAUCCACUGACAGUAUGAGAAUAUUUAACAAUGGUGUUGAUGCCGCUAUGCGAACACUUGUUCGUGCUAUUAAAGAUCAUCAUGCAAUGAUGCAAACAUCUCUCAGCGUUACGACCAAUUCCUCCAAUGAUUGCAUUUCUAAAGCGAAAACCUUUAAUGAAUCACUUAAACGUGAGAUGCAACAACUGAAAAAUGAACUCAAGGAGACAAUUGAAGUAGUCUCUCAAGUGAAUAUUGAUACAACUCCUGUUCCAGUUGAUCCGGAUGUUCUUGUAGCCCGUGCUGUGGAACUUGCGGAGGCUGGUGAGUGGGGUACUGCUCUUACAGUAGUGCUAGAGGCUUCUGAUAUUACAGUCUUAUUGGCAUUCCUUGAGAGUAAGGUGUGUGUUGAUAAUAAAGCCACUAUGGUCAGUCCUCAAACACUUACAUUACCAACAUUUCUCAGUCUUUGUCUACAGCUUUCUUUUGAAUUGGGCGAGCAACCAGGAAGUAUUCCUCUGCGUAUUCAAUUACUACAUGCAUUCUAUGUGGAGUGGGAUGACACAUUAAAAGAAAUGAAACGACAAGCGGCAUUGGAUAAAAACCACCAGAAACCAAUGUUUGAAUUAACGAAACAGGAACUACAGAGCGUUGCGGAACAAUUGGCGGCUGUUCAAGAUAAUUCCAUCGAUCGUCGAAGCCGUAACAACCUCCGCUUACUAAAAAAACUGAUAGGCUCUUUGAUUGCAGAAUAA